AAGAUGUCUGCAGGUAAAGGCGUAGCGAUCGGCAUUGACUUGGGCACCACCUACUCCUGUGUGGGCGUUUUCCAGCACGGAAAAGUAGAAAUCAUCGCCAACGACCAAGGCAACAGGACCACCCCCAGCUAUGUGGCGUUCACCGACACCGAGAGGCUCAUCGGCGACGCUGCCAAGAACCAGGUGGCUCUGAACCCCAGCAAUACCGUGUUUGACGCCAAGAGGCUGAUUGGUAGAAAGAUUGAUGAUCCAGUGGUGCAGGCGGACAUGAAGCACUGGCCCUUUAAGGUGGUCGGAGAUGGAGGGAAGCCCAAAAUUGAAGUAGACUAUAAAAGGGAGAAGAAAGCCUUCAACCCUGAGGAGAUCUCCUCCAUGGUGCUGGUGAAGAUGAAGGAGAUUGCCGAGGCCUACCUCGGCCAAAAGGUGUCCAACGCAGUUAUCACAGUCCCUGCGUACUUUAACGACUCCCAGCGCCAGGCGACUAAAGACGCAGGCGUCAUCGCAGGACUGAACGUCCUGAGGAUCAUCAACACGCCGACGGCGGCAGCCAUCGCGUAUGGUCUGGACAAAAUUGAGUCAGGAGAACCUAACGUCCUGAUCUUCAAACUGGGCGGCAGCACCUCCGAAGUGUCCAUCCUGACCAUCAAAGACGGUAUCUUUGAAGUGAAAUCCACGGCCGGAGACACUCACCUGGGUGGAGAAGACUUUGACAAACGCAUGGUCAACCACUUCAUGGAGGAGUUCAAGAGGAAACACAAGAAGGACAUCAGCCAGAACAAGCGAGCCCUGAGGAGGCUGCGCACCGCGUGCGAGAGGGCCAAGAGGACCCUGUCCUCCAGCUCGCAGGCCAGCAUCGAGAUCGAUUCCUUAAGUGAUGGUGUCGACUUCUACGCCUCCAUCACCAGGGCUCGCUUUGAGAAGCUGUGCUCCGACAUGUUCAGGGGAACAUUGGAGCUGGUGGAGAAAUCCCUGAGGGAUGCCAAAUUGGACAAGUCACAGGUCCACGACAUCGUCCUGGUCGGGGGCUCUACUCGAAUCCCCAAAAUCCAGAAACUCCUGCAGGAUUUCUUCAACGGCCGAGAGCUGAACAAGAGUAUCAACCCAGACGAGGUGGUGGCGCACGGUGCUGCCGUCCAGGCCGCCAUCCUCGCCGGCGACACCUUGGGCAACGUUCAGGAUCUGCUGGUUGAGGCAGAGUAAUAACCUGUGAACCUGUGUAAAGGGGCACGGGGUGGGCUGGCUGUGACACACCAGAUGGACUUCCUGGUCAAAAAGCUUUCAAUACCUAAUGUCUCCUCUCUGGAAUGCUUUGAGUUCAGUCCAACUGGGUCUGCUCCACUUCAGAUUGUCCUUAUAUGUCUGAGCUAUCCGUCCUACUCACCUCUGUCUGCUCCAGGUCUCCUUCCAUACUCCUCCUUAGUGACUUUAAUACCCAUGUGGACUCCAACAGCACACUAG